CAAAAAUCCCCUCCCAUUUGCUUUCGAAUUUCAGUCUUCUUCUUUGUCUUAUCCUUUCUCUCUCUCUCUCUCUUUAGAAUAAUUGGAAAGGUUUGAGCUUGAUCACCAUAAAAGGCUAGAUCUUGAUUUCUGAAAAAAAUCUUGAUUUAUCAGCUUGAACCGCUAAUCUGUUGAAUUGAAGUUUGACAAUGAAGCUCUUCGUGAGGGUUAUUGAAGCUAGGAACAUUCUGGCAAUGGAUACAAAUGGAUUCAGUGAUCCGUACGUGAAAUUACAGUUGGGAAAGCAAAGAAGCAAAAGUAGAGUGAUUAAGAAGACAUUAAACCCAACCUGGAACCAAGAGUUCUGUUUCAAGGUUGAAGACCUGAAUGAUGAACUCUUAAUCUCUGUACUCGACGAAGAUAAAUACUUCAAUGAUGAUUUCAUUGGACAGAUCAAAAUCCCUGUUUCUCAAGUUUUCGAUUCUAUUGACCAGUCUCUAGGCACUACUUGGCACUCAUUGCACCCCAAGAACAAGAAGUUGAAGAACAAGGAUUGCGGUGAAAUUCUUCUUACCAUUAACUUCGUUCAAAGUAAUUCUCUAGUCGAUUGUCAACUGCAUGAUGACCUGCUACAGAAUCUAACCGAUUCAGGAUCGUUUAGUUCUGUGAGAUCAUCCACCGAUUCCAUUAGGGUUACAUCUCCGGUCAGAUCAGAAGACUCGGUAUCUUCCAAAGAAAAGAAGCUUGCAGUUAGAUUAUCUCAAAAGUUUUUCUCGAGGGGAGAUAAGGACACGCCUUCUUCACCCGCCUCCAGUGGAAUUGACUCGCCAGACAUUCAACUGGCAGCCGCCGCCGCCACUGAUGAACAGUCUGCCCAAACUUUCGAACAACAACUGAAAACAUUGGAGUCCAAACACCAAGAAAUCGAAACACCAAACAGUUUACCAGGAGGAAUUGUUCUCGAUCAGUUAUACGCAAUUUCUCCAUCAGAACUGAAUUCUGUGGUCUUUUCGCAGGAUUCAACUAUUUUAAAUUCGUUAGCAGAGCUGCAGAAUAAUACGGAUCUGCAAGUAGGAGCAUGGAAAUUGGAAGCGGUUGGGGAUAAUUUGAAAAGGGUUGUUACCUAUACUAAAGCCGCGAGCAAACUAGUUAAGGCCACAAGAGCUACCGAAGAACACACAUACAUAAAAGCAGAUGGGAAAACUUUUGCAGUCUUGGCAAUUGUAAGUACUCCAGAUGUUCCGUAUGGAGGCACCUUUAAGGUAGAGGUGCUUUAUCUCAUUAAACCAGGACCCGAGCUCCCAUCUGAGAAACCCUCAUCCCAGAUGGUGAUUUCAUGGCGGGUUAAUUUUCUUCAGAGCACUAUGAUGAAGGGUAUGAUUGAGGGUGGAGCUAGGCAAGGUAUUAAGGAAAACUUUAUCAAUUUUGGGAACAUAUUGAUCCAGAGUGUUAAGCCGGUUGAUAUGAAGGACAUUGCUUCGAAUAAGGAACAGGUUUUGGCUUCAUUGCAGACAGAGCCGGAAUCAGACUUGAAAUUGGCGGCUAAAAUGUUCUCAAAUCUUACUGUUUUGUUUGCUAUUGUUCUUGGAGUGUAUGUGUUGGUGCACGUCUGGCUAGCUGCUCCAAAUCAGAUUCAAGGAUUUGAGUUUGUUGGGUUAGAUUUGCCGGAUUCAAUUGGGGAAAUUGUUGUUGGUGGGAUCUUGACACUUCUAGGUGCUAGAUUGCUGGAUUUGUUUUCGCGUUUCAUGCAAGCAAGAACACAAAAGGGUGGUGAUCAUGGGAUUAAAGCUAAAGGAGACGGUUGGUUGCUUACUGUUGCCUUGAUUGAAGGUUGCAAUUUGCCUGCUGUCGAUUCGAGUGGCUUCUCGGAUCCCUAUGUGGUUUUUACGUGCAAUGGAAAAACGAAAACUAGCUCCAUUAAAUUUCAUGGUGCUGAUCCUCAGUGGAAUGAAAUAUUUGAAUUCGACGCAAUGGAUGACUCUCCAUCUGUGCUAGACGUUGAGGUUUAUGAUUUCGACGGGCCUUUCAGCGAAGCUGCAUCUCUCGGGCAUUCUAAGAUAAAUUUUGUAACGAAUAAUAUAUCGGAUUUGGCUGAUGUGUGGCUACCCCUUCAAGGCAAGUUAGCUCAGACAUGUCAGUCAAAGAUUCAUUUGAGAAUCUUCCUAGACAAUACCAGAGGAAAUAAUGUCGUCGUCUCUGAAUAUUUAACAAAGAUGGAGAAGGAAGUUGGUACAAAGUUAAAACCGCGAUCGCCUCAAAAGAACUCCGCGUUUCAGAAACUGUUUGGGCUUACAGAUCAAGAGUUUCUCAUCAAUGAUUUUGCUUGUCACUUGAAACGCAAAAUGCCACUACAGGGUCGGCUGUUUCUAUCUGCGAGAAUAAUUGGGUUUCAUGGAGAUAUAUUUGGCCGCAAAACAAAUUUCUUUUUCCUUUGGGAGGACAUAGAAGAUAUUCAAGUCAUUCCUCCUACUUUGUCGUCAAUGGGAAGUCCUAUUGUCGUCAUAACGCUAAAACCUGGCAGGGGGGAGGAUGCAAGAGAGGGUGCGAAGAUGCAAGAUGCGCAAGGCAGGCUGAAAUUUCAUUUCCAGACUUUCGUUUCUUUCAACAUUGCUUACAGGACAGUUAUGGCACUUUGGAAAGCAAAAUCUUUGAGUCCGGAGCAGAAGGUGCAGAUUGUAGAGGAGGAAUCUGAAGCUAAGAUGCUCCAACCCGAAGAUAUUGGCUCGUUCUUGGGCGUUGAAGAUGUUGUUAACCAAUCGCUCGUUUAUUCUAAAGUCAUCGCUGUCCCUACAAGCUUCUUCAUGGAGUUAUUCAUUGGGAGUGCACUGGAAGUGAAAGUAAUGGAGAGUGCGGGUUGUGUGAAUUAUUGUCAUAGCACAUGGGAGUUCGACGAUUCUGAUAUUUGUCAAAGGAAUAUCAAUUACAAAUUCGAUAAGAGCAUAUCGCGUUUCAGAGGAGAAGUGACGAGCAUUCAGCAAAGAUCGCAUCUCCCUGAUCAGACCAAUGGUUGGCUCAUUGAAGAAGUCAUGACUCUGCAAGGGAUUCCUUUGGGCGACUACUUCAGUAUUCACCUGAAAUAUCAAAUUGAAGAUUUACUUCAAUCAAUACCAAGAUCUAAUGGAUGUAAUGUCCAAGUGUUCUUCGGAAUUGGAUGGCUGAAGAACACUAGACAUCAGAAGAGGAUCACAAAGAACAUUGUGUCGAGUAUGCAUAACAGACUAAAGAUCAUAUUUGAUACAGUUGAGAAGGAAUUUGCCUUAGAAAAUGGAGCUGCAUCAUCAUUGUAGAGAUAUAUUAUCAGAUGAAUCAAUAAUUAUGUGUAACACACUAUAGUCUAGAUAUAUGUAUAGUCCGAUACUCCGAUACGAUGUUUGUUCUUGUUUCAGCGAUCAUACAAAUUAUGGAUUGUUACGUGCUUAAUGUAGAUCUCUUGAAAGAAUCAAUUGUUGCACCAUUCUUCCUAUUCCAAUGUGGAGACUUGUAAUGUUAUCAAACUAAAAUGGUUUAA